UCUCCUGUCGCUGCUGCAGUCCUGGCAUGAAAAGAAACUGCAACACGGACGGAAAUAGCAGAGAGACGGGAAAAGUGAUCGGAGCUUCAGAGAGAGGGAGAGAGAGAGAGAAACCGCAGAUCCAGCGCAGCCACCAGGCAACCGGAGUAGGUGCGACAACGGAGCGGAGCCGACCGAGUGCCGGUGAUCGAGACGCGGCGUUAAGUCAAUCUCCUCGGCACAUCAACAUGUCUGGGAACCGGGUGCAAUUCGCAGAACUUCCAGCUCCGAGCGAACGGAAGGGGGGUCUCAGGUUAACUAAGCCAGCCAAGAGCAAUCUGCGUGUGACAUCAGCAGAGGAUGCUGAUCACCUCCUCAAGAAGCAGGGUGUCGCCAACGGGAGCAGCCGCACUUCAAAUGCCAGAGCAGCCCGUCACAUCCCACGAAGACACACCGUUGGGGGUCCUCGCAGCUCCAAGGAGAUUUUAGGAAUGCAGCCCUCUGACAUGGACAGGAAGAGGGAGGCCUUUCUGGAGCACUUGAAGCAGAAGUACCCUCACCAUGCGUCUGCCAUCAUGGGUCACCAGGAGAGGCUUCGGGAGCAGACCUUCGCGCAGAUGUUGGCCUCUCUGCGCACAGAGCUCGACAUUCAAGGGUUUUUACUGAAAAUCCUGGCGCCUUUCAGAUCUCGGAGCCCAAAGCACAAAGAGACCCACGGAGAGCCCGCCGAGCCUGUCUCAGCAGAGACCUGCGAAGCCAUGUCCGAGGGGGACGCUCCAGCUCCCUUCACCAGAGGCAGCCGCUCGAGGGCGAGCCUCCCCGUGGUGCGGUCGACCAACCUGACCAAGGACAGAUCACUGGGUGUGCUCUACCUUCAGUAUGCAGAUGAAACGAAACAAAUCAGAAUGCCAAAUGAGAUCACGAGUGCUGACACGGUGCGCGCCCUCUUUGUAAGUGCCUUCCCACAGCAGCUCACCAUGAAGAUGAUGGAGUCUCCCAACGUGGCCGUCUACAUCAAGGACGACCUGCGCAACAUGUACUACGAGCUGUCUGACGUAAGGAGUAUCACCGAUCAGUCGUGUCUGAAGGUUUACCACAAGGAUCCUGCUCAAGCUUUCAGUUACAAUCACAGGCCUGGCGAUGGAGACCUGAGGAUGCACCGAGAGAGUUUUUCUCCCAGAGAGGCGCCAUAUCCCUUACGUCAAACCCAGGGCCAACCACCUCUUCAUGGAGUUCCAAGCUCCUUACCUCACCCUGUGGCCCACUCCAUGCCCCCGUCACCAUCUCGGAUUCAGUAUGGGGCGCCCCGUGCCAUGGUCAUGCCAGGCAGUGCCACGAUUCCCAGAGUGCCCCAGGGCAGGUCUGUUUCACCCAGCCCAAGUGCCAUUCUUGAAAGGAGGGACGUUAAGCCCGAUGAAGAUAUGAGCAAUAAAGCGGUUGCACUUUUACGCAAUGAUAGCCUCUACGCUGACCCCUACCUGCUCCAGGAGGCGCGCUUGAGCAUCGCCUCGUCCCAUAGCUGCCACCCACAGGAUGUGCCUGACCACGUUAUGGGCUACCAUCGGGGAUCGGUCAGGUCUACCGGCUCUUAUGCCAGCUCAACGAUGACCACGGAGAUGAUGGAGCACCAUGCCGUUUACCGACAGAAGUCAAGGAAAUACUCUGACAGCCACUUGCCCACUUUGGGCACCAAAACGCCGCCAGCUUCUCCUCACAGAAUGACUGACAUGAGGGUAGUGGAGAUGCACACUGGCCAAAACGCCCACGUAGUCCCUACAUCUCCUCCUCCUCCGCCACCUCCACAUGGGGUCCAGCUGGACAGGUCAUCUCCCAUCCGCCAAUCCUUCAAGAAGGAGCAAGGGGGUGCCAUGGAGGUCAUGAAAACACGUAGCAAUAUGGCGUCUCCAGCUAUUCCGGACAACAUGGCAAUGCAAGUGGAUAAGCAGCUGAUUGGGCAGGGACCUGCAGCCUCUUCGAAUGAUCCACAGACUCGAGAGAGAAUAAUGGCCAUGGAGAAGCAGAUUGCCAGCUUGACUGGACUUGUGCAGGAUGUUCUCUUCAAAGGGCCAACUACUGGGAGUGGAAAAGAAGUCCUCAGUGAGAAAGCAGCAAAGCCCGUCACUCAAGCUGUCAGCGCCAAUGGAGGCGGAUUUGCCUCAGGAGAAGCAGCGAGCCUCACAACGGUGAAGAGCAGCAUGACAUCGACGGAGUCUGUGACCACCGUCAUUCUCCCACCAGCUGGAGGACCCACAGCUGUCCAAGUUAAUGCGUUUGACUUCAGAAAGAACAUCUCUGACCUCAGGCUGCAGCUGCAGCAGAUGAGACAACUGCAGUUGCAAAACCAGGAAACACUGAGUCUGAUGUUGAAAAAGGCAGAAGCCGAGAUCAACAGCAAAGUGACGGAGGUCGUGAAAAGACUCGAAGACCCCGUGCAGAGGCAGAGGAUGCUGGUCGAAGAAGACAGGCAGAAAUAUCUAGCUGAAGAGGAGAAGAUCAUCCAUCAGCUUUGCGAGCUGGAGAAGUAUGUGGAUGACUUGAAGAAAGACUCCACCACCGUUCACAAAGCCGUCACCUUGAAGGACGUGGAGGAUGGCGCCGUGUCGCUGAGGAAGGUCGGGGAAUCGCUGGCAGCCCUAAAAGGAGAGUUCCCCGCCUUACAGAACAGGAUGAGAGGAGUGCUGCGAGUGGAAGUGGACGCUGUCAAGUUUUUGAAGGAGGAGCCCCACAAGCUGGACUGCAUGUUAAAGAGAGUCAAGACGUUGACAGAAAUCCUCACUGAACUGAGACGAUAUUCCACCGAGAAUCUCCUCAAAGGCUCAGAGCCCACACAGGUUUUGACCACCACUUCCACCACCACCACCAUCCUUGCUGAGAGUUUUGUCAACGUCCCUGAUUCUGAUCCUGCAGGCUCCAAAUAUCUGCAGGUGCAAGAGCAGGUGGCCUUCAUCCAGCCUCAGUCAAGUUCUUCCACAAUCACUCCAGAGCCCCAGACUUCCUCGGUCAAGACGGAGGUGAUGCCAAGCUCCCCCGUGGUGAUCCACCACGUCCAGAGCUCUCCUGUGUUCGUGCAUCAGUCGCAGCACUCGGAGGCCUUGGUGCUUCCAUCUCCGAGUCCUCCGGCCGCACCGGCCCAGUGCCCGGACUUCAGCGCGUUGCUUCAGAGUCAGCAGUAUGUGGAGGCCAACACCGUGAUGCAGCAGAAGCACCAGCAAAACUCGGACCCUGCGUCCCUCACUCCUCAAGGGACGAACACCAAUGGUUCAGCUAUGCAAAGCCUCUUCAUUGAGGAGAUCCACACCAGUAGAAGCAAGAGCAGAAACCGAGUCAUGUCCAUUGAGGCCGCGGAAAAGGAGUGGGAAGAAAAACGCCAGAAUAUGGGUCAAUAUGACGGAAAAGAGUUUGAAAAACUCCUUCAGGAGGCCCAGGCCAACAUGAUGAAGGGAAUCCCCAGUCUGGAAGUGAUGGCCGAGGCAACUGUCCAACCUCCACCUCAGAUGCCCGCUUCCAAUAAUGGAGACGUCACUGACAGGAAAGAAGAGUUUCCAGCAUCAGAGGACGUUCCACUCGCAUCCCCAGUGGAGGAAAAAGCUGUGAAAUGCCCACCUCCACCACCACCACGUCGAAGUUAUCCCCCAGGCUCAGGCUUGACCACAGGUCGGUCAGGAGAGGUCAUCUUCACUGCAAAGAAGGAGAGUGUCACUAUACAGAAAGAGACGCAGGAGGAAGUGGCCAACGUCCAGUCGUCUCAAACGUCAUGUGAGACUAAAGCCACACAACACGUGGCGCCCCGUGUUGUGGCCUCUGCUGUUCAGGAAGAGGAGGAUGAUGAUGGUGACAAGAUCAUGGCAGAGCUGCAGGCCACCAGUGUCAUUUCGCCGAGCAGCCGGAUGCCAGUCCCCGUCUCUUCAAAGAGUCGAUCACAGCAAGGAGUGUCGGACAAAUCGGGGAAACAGCAAAAGCUUCAGGACCCCCAGAGGCAGUUCCGACAGGCUAAUGGAAGUGCUAAGAAAGCUGGUGGGGAUUCUAAAUCGGCUUCCCCUGCUUUACCUGCUUCUAAGAUUCCUGCCUUUUCUCCCAGCUCUGGGAAAAACAGCUCUGUGCCGGCUUCUAGCUCAGAGGGCGCUAACCCUACUAAUUCUUCUCCCAGGUCCUCCAUCCCUUCACCUAACCUGCUAAACCCUCAGGCCAACCGCUCUGCCUCCUGUCCCUCGGCUCCUUCCAAGCACAUCCCCUCUUUGUCUAAUGGCUCUCUGAAGCUUCAGAGUCCGACCCUCUCCGGGAAAGGCCAGAGCCUCUCAUUCUCGGCACAGACACCCAACGGCCGGCCAACCCCUUCUUCUCCUAGUUCUUCUUCCUCCUCCUCCUCUUCCUCGCCUUCCCCCAUCUCCCCCACCUCUCUGAGUCAAGGUGGAAAGACCAUCCGGACGAUACACACGCCCAGCUUCAUCAGCUACAGGGCGCAGAACGGGAACAGCAAACCCCUGCCAUCGCCAGCCAAGGACGUGGUGUGACCGGAGGAGCACAUCGCCGACUCGCCGGCUUCUCGUUUGCAGUUUACUCAUUUUGGGUUUUCUUUGAUUUGCUUUCAUGCUUGGUAACAUCAGUGUGCUUUUAUUUCAUUUUAUAUAUAUAUACAUAUAUUUUAUUUUUUACUAACCUUUGCAUAUCCGAUUUUUCAGAUCUCAGUAAGUCUAUUAGUCAACGUGCAGAAUUUAUAUAUUUUUUUUCCCGUUUUGUUAACGUAGAUAUUCCGGCGAAUAAUCCUUUCGUGUACUCACUCGCGUUUACCGACUUUAUCGCUAGUGCUGUUAAAAAGAAA